AUCCAUCGGCCGAACCGAUCGAUCUGAUCAUGAGCGGCAGUCCACCAAGAGCCGCGCCGCCGCCGCCGCCCGCCAUCCCCACAGAAGCCGUCAGUCCUGGAAGCCGUGUCUUCCUCGCCCUCGUCACACGGCCUCCCGCCGGACCUCGCGGCUCUCUUCCAGCGGAUCAUGAGCGGCAGUCCACGAAUCCCUGCCGCUCCCGCUCCCGCUGCGCCGCCGCCGCCGCCCGCCAUGGCGACAGAUCAAGCUGCACCCUCUUCACUCCUCUGGUCAGACGGCCUCCCGCCGGAGUUCGCGGGCCUCGUGAUCCGCCGGCUGCCGUCCCUCGCCGACCGUACCCGCUUCGGCGCCGUCUGCCGCCGCUGGGGCCUCGCCGCGCAGCAGCAGGCGCCGACGCUGCCCGCGCCCCUCCCCUGGAUCAGCAACUUCUUCACCCAAGUCUUCCAAAGCUUCCCAGACGGCGAACCGCACGAGCUGCAACGGCACUCCCGGUUCCUGGCAUGCCGCGGCUUAUCGGAGAGCUGGUUGAUGUUCGUGAGGCCCGGGAGCUGCGCCCAAUCCAGGUUAUUCCUGAAGAACCCUCUCUCCGGGGCUACCAUACCGCUGCCAGGCAAUUUCCGCUCCGCUGAUGAUCAUCGCUUGUUUAAUUCCGAUUUCGCAACGAUCCGGAAGUUCAUCGUGUGCUCGGAUGAUGACCUUAUCGUCCUCAUGGCCAGAGGAUGCCCUUAUCCUCCUCCUCUCGGUCCACUGAUUGCUUGCUGCCGUCCGGGUAGCAUGUCCUCGUGGUCAACAGCUACAUACGUUGCCCAAGAAAGUGAUUAUGACUUCCAUUACCAGGACAUCGCCUUCCACCAUGGAAAUGUCUACGGUGUCAACGGAACAGGAGAUCUGUACGCUCACAACAUUAGCGAGGAUUCUGGCACCGGAGAGAUGGUGGUUUCUCAUGCCAAGCAAGUGAUUAAGUGCAGUGACGCCUGGUUCGGUAUGAAAUUAAGGCAGUUUUUCCUUGCAGUGUCUCGUGGGGACUUGUUGUUGGUCAAAUGGAUCGACGAUGAGAUGUUUACCUCCUCGUUCGAGGUAUUCAAAGUGGAUUUGGAGAUGUCUCGGUGGUCAGAGGUAUCAAGCCUUGGCGAUCAAGUAUUGUUUGUCAGCGGGAUGUGCUCCAAGGCCGUCUCUACAUCUAGCGACGGUGAUUAUCUGCGUGGGAAUUGUAUAUAUUUCAUGGAUUAUGAUCGCCGCGGGGCUAAAGGAUGUGCCAUGUAUGACUUGAGGGAUAACACAUAUCACAAGAUUCACACUCCACAAUGCAGGAGUCAUGAACCAGCGUGGUUCUUUCCACACAAGUGAAAGAGCCAAGGAGGAUUUUUACAUGAAUUAGAAGUUUAAUUUGAAGGACCGUGAUGAAACUUUUAGUUUUAUCGAAUAUCUUGAUUGUUUAUUUUUGUUUUAAUUGUACG